ACCCUCCUCACCACGAUGUCCUUGCUGACGUCCCGGCCCUGUCCCCUUCCCCCGUGGUGCUGCUCGACGCGUCUUCCACCUCCGUGUCCCCGCUCCGACACGUCCCCGUCCCUGCAGGCCUUCAGCCGGGCGCACCGCAUCGGCCAGGCCAACAAGGUGAUGAUCUACCGGUUCGUGACACGCGCGUCAGUGGAGGAACGCAUCACGCAGGUGGCCAAGCGCAAGAUGAUGCUGACGCACCUGGUGGUGCGCCCGGGGCUGGGCUCCAAGGCCGGCUCCAUGUCCAAGCAGGAGCUUGAUGACAUCCUCAAGUUUGGCACUGAGGAGCUCUUCAAGGACGAGAACGAGGGGGAGAACAAGGAGGAGGACAGCAGCGUCAUCCACUACGACAACGAGGCCAUCGCCCGGCUGCUCGAUCGCAACCAGGACGCCACCGACGACGCCGACGUGCAGAACAUGAACGAGUACCUCAGCUCCUUCAAGGUGGCGCAGUACGUCGUGCGCGAGGAGGACAAGAUCGAGGAGAUCGAGCGGGAGAUCAUCAAGCAGGAGGAGAACGUCGACCCCGACUACUGGGAGAAGCUGCUGCGGCACCACUACGAGCAGCAGCAGGAGGACCUGGCGCGCAACCUGGGCAAGGGCAAGCGGGUGCGCAAGCAGGUCAACUACAACGACGCUGCCCAGGAGGACCAAGACAACCAGUCCGAGUACUCGGUGGGCUCCGAGGAGGAGGACGAGGACUUCGAUGAGAGGCCGGAGGGCCGGCGCCAGUCCAAGCGGCAGCUCCGGAACGAGAAGGACAAACCGCUGCCCCCGCUGCUGGCCCGGGUGGGGGGCAACAUCGAGGUGAGGACCCCCGGGGGGGCACCUCGGGGUGGGGGGGGGUCCCCGGGGUCCCCCCCCGGGGUCCCUUUUGUCACCUGGGGGGGGGCAGCGGGUCCCCUUUGUCCCGUAUCCCACCCUGG